CAGAUGUCUACGCUGAAUGCCCUGGGGGUGAGACGCGAGUGCUCAAGUUGCUCUCAGAAGAUCCGGCGAACUAUCCAGAUGCACCACGGGAAGGUAUCCGGCGAAUCUUGGAGGUAGCUACCGGAGAACCGUACCCAGCAGCCGCCCCAGUCAAAAGCGCCCGGAUUGGAUCGAUACGCAUGGGUACAACCGUCGCCACGAAUGCACUUCUCGAAAGAAAGGGCGAACCUUUCACUUUUGUAACGACUAAAGGCUUCAAGGACCUACUCCACAUCGGCACGCAGUCAAGACCUAAUAUCUUCGACAUCAGAGUGGAGAUACCUGAGGUGCUUCACGAGAGUGUCAUUGAGGUGGAUGAGCGUGUAGUCCUGCAACAGAAUGAGCAGGACGGCAUUACGGGAGAGGAGGAGGAGGGGGUUACAGGAGAUCGUCUCAUCAUUGAGAAGGGAUUAGACGAGACGCAAGUACGUGAGCAACUGCAGGAAGUGUACGCACGCGGCAUCCGCAGCCUGGCAGUGGCCCUGAUGCACUCGUAUACGUUCCAGACACACGAGAAACGCAUAGAAAAGAUCGCCAAGGACAUCGGGUUCACGCACGUGUCACUGUCGUCAACUGUGAUGCCCAUGGCCAAGAUUGUGCCGAGAGGGUACACAGCUUGUGCGGAUGCGUACCUGACCCCCUGCAUCAAACGCUAUGUGGAGGGCUUCUGCAGUGGAUUCGAGAAUGGACUUCAGGGUGUGAGUGUAAUGUUUAUGCAGUCUGACGGUGGAAUGACGGCCAUGGAGGACUUCAGCGGCGCUCGCGCUAUUCUAAGUGGGCCUGCAGGCGGCGUGGUUGGCUAUUCUAAAGCCGCAUACUACGAUACGGAUAAGAUCGAUGAAGCGCUGGAGUCAAAGGUUCAGGCCAAAAAACCGAGACUGGAUUCGCCCUCGCCUGUUAUCGGAUUUGACAUGGGUGGCACUUCAACAGACGUUUCUCGCUUUGCAGGUAGCUUCGACCAUGUAUUUGAGACCAUUACCGCUGGAAUCUCCAUCCAGGCUCCUCAACUAGACAUCAACACAGUAGCAGCUGGAGGCGGCAGUCGAUUGUUCUUCCGCUCUGGCAUGUUUGUGGUCGGACCUGAAUCGGUGGGCGCACAUCCUGGCCCUGUCUGUUAUCGUAAAGGAGGGCCUUUGGCAGUGACAGAUGCCAAUCUACUGCUUGGUCGUAUAAGAGCGGACCAAUUCCCAUCCAUCUUUGGGCCGAACGAAGAUCUACCCCUGGAUGUCGAAGGUACUCGCGCGGCCUUUACCGCUUUCACGUCUGAGAUCAAUUCAUUCAAUAAGGAACACUAUGCGGGCGAAGGGACGUACACUCAUCUGAGCCCACAGGACGUCGCGCUCGGCUUCAUCAAAGUGGCAAACGAGGCUAUGUGUCGGCCAAUUCGGGCGCUCACUCAAGCGAGAGGCCAUGACACAACAACGCACGUGCUCGCUUGUUUUGGCGGCGCUGGCGGUCAACACGCGUGCGCUGUGGCAAGGAAUCUCGGGAUGGGACGCAUCAAAAUUCAUAAAUAUGCUGGUAUUCUAUCAGCUUACGGUUUGUCGCUCGCAGAUGUGGUUGAGGAGGCACAGGAACCCGUGUCGUGCGUGUACGGUGAAGAUACGUAUUCGUCGUUAAGAGACAGAAUGCAGCGCUUGUGCACAGAAGCGUCGGGUGUACUGACUGCGAAGGGUUUCAGCGAGGACGAUAUAUCGCUCAGAUUGUUUCUGCAUAUGCGCUAUGAGAAGACCGAUUGUGCUUUAAUGGUCGAAAGUCCCGAACUGGUAGAUGUAGGCCUCAGGACGAACUGGGAUGAGAUUGCAAUGGGCGGAUUUGCGACUGCAUUCUUGAGAGAGUACAAGCAGGAAUUCGGAUUUGUUAUUGGUGCCAGGCCGAUAUUGAUCGACAAUGUACGCGUGCGAGCAUCGGCAAGUGUAAAGACCCAUGAGCGAAGUACAUUGGCAGCCAAUAACCAGUCACCUCCCGACCGAGAUUCCCAGCCACAUGUGGAGUGCUACUUCGAAGGUGGGGCGCGCAGCACCGCUUUGUACAAACUUUCUGAAUUGCCACCGAAUGCUGUAGUGGAGGGCCCAGCCAUCAUUCUCGAUCAACUGUCCACUCUCUUAGUGGAACCUCACUGUACGGCUUACAUCACCGACAAGGGCAACACGGAGAUCAAGCUGGGGGACCGAGGGGACAUAGCAAAGAGUCGGAACGACGGGUCAAAGGUAGACCCAAUCAUGCUGGGUGUAUUCUCGCACAGAUUCAUGAGCAUAGCUGAACAGAUGGGAAGGGUGCUACAACGUACCUCUAUCUCCACUAACAUCAAAGAAAGAUUGGACUUCUCGUGCGCUCUGUUCAGCCCUGACGGUGGGUUGGUAGCAAACGCACCGCAUAUUCCGGUACAUUUGGGAUCUAUGCAGGCAGCGAUCCAGUACCAAAUACAGCAACGUGCAGCAGAAAUGAGGCCUGGGGAUGUGCUCGUCACAAACCAUCCUGCCGCCGGUGGUAGUCAUUUGCCGGACAUCACUGUGAUAACACCGAUAUUCGAGAAAGACGGCAACUCGAUCGUUUUCUUUGUCGCAUCCCGAGGCCAUCACUCGGAUAUAGGUGGCAUUACACCCGGGUCAAUGCCACCGCACAGCCGGACUAUUGAGGAUGAGGGGGUGGCUAUUAAAUCCUACUUCUUAGUCCGUGAGUACGUGUUCCAGGAGGAAGGAAUCACUCAACUGUUGACAGACGCCAAGACUCGCAAUCUGAGCGACAAUUUGUCGGAUCUUCAAGCUCAGGUUGCUGCCAAUAAUCAAGGGAUCAGCCUAGUCCAGGAGCUGAUGCAGGAGUACGGGCGUGCGUACGUGCAUGCGUACAUGUACCACAUCCAGAAACACGCCGCAGAAGCUGUCCGGGAGAUGCUCAAACAGGUGGGGCGACGACUGGCAAAGGACGGCCAAGAAUCUGUAAGCUUCAGUGCGGAGGACUUCAUGGAUGACGGAUCGCGCAUAAAUCUCGCAGUGAGUAUCAAUACGACCGACGGAACGGCUGUAUUCGACUUCAAUGGAACUACCGAGCAAGUCUACGGCAACCUCAACGCACCGAAAUCUAUAGUGUACUCGGCGGUUAUAUACUGCCUACGAUGUUUGAUCCGCGAGGAUGUGCCUUUGAACCAGGGCUGUUUAGACCCGGUAGAAGUGAUUGUACCAGACAACAGUCUGCUUUCCCCAUCACCCCAUGCUGCCGUGGUAGGUGGCAACGUGCUCACAUCUCAACGAGUGGUAGACACCAUCUUCCGCGCAUUCGGAGCGGUUUCAGCAUCACAGGGAUGCAUGAAUAAUCUGACUUUGGGCGACGACAUAUUCGGCUAUUAUGAAACUAUAUCCGGUGGCUCCGGGGCUGGUCCCGGGUGGCAUGGCCGAAGUGGUGUACAUACCCACAUGACCAACACAAGAAUCACCGACCCCGAGAUUCUCGAACAGCGCUAUCCAAUGAUACUUCGUCAAUUCAGUUUACGGGCGAACUCCGGGGGCGCCGGCCGCUUCCGUGGUGGCGAUGGUGUAAUACGAGAGAUUGAGUUCCGCCGUAAGCUGACGGUAUCGUUAUUGACUGAGCGUCGCGUAACUCAGCCGUACGGACUGGACGGGGGACAGCCCGGUGCGCGGGGGCACAAUUUGCUGAUACAACGUAAUGGUAAUCGAAUGAACAUGGGGGGUAAGAAUUCAUUCUCUGUAUGCACUGGCGAUCGACUACGAAUUGAGAGUCCUGGCGGCGGGGGCUUCGGAACUAAGAAGUAGAGCUCGCACAACUCUAAUAAAUGGUACCA